AUUAGAAUUGUUAGUCUCUUUUUUAACUUUUUUAUUUGAUUUGUGUCUUUUCUUUCUAGUUAUUGGUAUUCUCAUUGAUUCUGUAAUUGAUGAUUAAUGGUAGAUCUGUUAUGUAAGCUUCUAAUAUUUGUGAUUUGCCAAAGCAAAAUAGUUGCCCCCUCUCUGUGUGGGUAAUUUUGUGAAUCAUUUUGUAUGGCAGGCGCAGGUGACUAAUUACUGACAAACAACACUUGGAGGCUCUCUCUCACUCACUUGAUGGCGUUUGGAAGACGAAUAUUAUCGUCCAUCUUUGAUAAUAAGAAUGAUUCAGAUCAAGAAAAGAAUUUCCUGGAAAAUGGAAGCAUGUUUUUGGAGGAUCUUAUUGCUUUUUCAAAUGGCAAAUAUAAUACUUUUAUUCGUAGAUUCUCUAUCCAAGAGCUCUCUCAGGCAACAAAUGGAUUUUACUCCAAUCAAAUUGUGCUAGUUGACGAUUUUAAAAUUUAUAAGGGCUCUUUUGACAAACGCCUAAUUUUAAUCAAGAAGCAUAAUGGCUCACAUUCGAUUUAUGCAAAGUCUCAGGCUAUCCGCGACAUGGUGAUUACGUCAUUAAUGAGUAGUCACAAAAAUGUUUUAAAGCUAAUAGGUUGUUGUCUAGACUUGGACUUUCCUGCUUCAGUGUAUGAAUAUGCAGCAGGAGGGAGAAUCGAAUUACUUUACAACUGUUUGUACAAAAGUGAAGGUGGCAUGGCAGAGAAUGGGGGAUCAUCAUCAUUAACAUGGAACAGUAGGCUAAAGAUAGCAAAUGACAUUGCCUAUGCUGUUAUUUACAUGCACACUGCGUUUUCAACACCCAUCAUCCAUAGAGACCUAAAACCAAGUAAUAUUAUCAUAGAUCAAUCUGGUGUUGCUAAAUUAUUAGAUUUCUCCUUAUCUAUAUCAAUUCCUCCUGGAGAAACACAGGUGGAAGACGAGGCAUAUGGGACAGUUGGAUUUAUAGACCCUGUGUACAUGUCAACAGGCUUUCUCACUGAGAAGUCCGAUGUUUAUAGUUUUGGCGUGAUUCUUCUUGAACUUCUGACCGGGAAAAGAUCCAUGGACUUGUACCGUGACACAAAUCAACAAUCCUUACAAGUAUGGGUGAAAGAUUCUGUAGAAAAGGAUCAGUUCAACGGAUUUGUGGAUCCAAGAAUUCUGAAAGAAAGAGGAGGAAUUGAGCAAGAACAACAAUUACAAGUUGUACUAGCACUUGCCGUGAGAUGCACUCAAACGAAAAGAGAAGAGAGGCCGGAAAUGAUAGACGUUGCAAAAGAACUCAGGCGAAUGGUCAAGUCUAUUUGCCCCUCCUCCUCAAGUCAACCAAUAUAAUCCAUCAUUUAUAAGAUGAUGAUGACUUUAUGCUUCAUGCAUAGUCACCAAUUCAUACAAUGUAUUACAUGUUAUUAUAUAUAUGCUACUGCUCAUCUCUCUCAUUGGUAUAUAUUGUUAAACCAUUAUGUUUGGCUCUCCAUUGUUUGUGAGUUAGAAAACUUUUGCACUACGAACUGAUUAUUUAGU